GACCUACAAAGCGGCCGGCAGCGCAAUGCAGUCGGGAGCAGUCGCGGCUUGUCCCUUACUUCUCGGCUUGACUCUCCGCCUUCCACUCCCCUUGGCCAAGGAAAUGUAUUUCAUGGAAGCAGCCCCUCCUCAAUCUCUAGUGCGGGCUCCGAAAUAGCCGGUAUCAGUGCAAAGCUAGAUCAAGUUCUAGCCGCCUUUUCGGGCCAGAGCCAGCUGCUUGCAGAAACCAAACAAGAAGGUUAGACCUAUGUUGUUCAUAAAAUGGUUUUGGGAGAAUAUUUUUAACAGGAAUUAAUCAAAGGGAGCAGCUGGUUGUACUAAGUGCCGAGCUAAAGGAGCUAAAGGAAACAGUCACAACUUUGAAACAUGGAAGUAUACUCUCCCAGUCAAGCAAAGAAUCCCACCUUCUCUAUCAGUAAGCAUGUGCCGUGUAUGCAGUAUGGCCUUGCACAAUCUCCUGUGUAGGUUGCGGUCAAGGCACUACACGACAAAGCUCCUGAUGAGAUGCAGUUCGAUGGCUCAAAACAGUAUUCAUGUGAGAGGAAUCAAGUUGUGAAGACAUUUCUCCUUGAUGGCAUAAAAGAAAAGUUUUCAAGUGCUCAUUCUCCAAGAAAAUUGCGAAGAGCUGUCCAUCGCUACUAUGAAAGCAGGCGCCGCCUUUUUAAUGAUAUUCAACCUGGAAGGCUUCAUAUUGCGAGAGAGACUAGAAAGAAGUCGAGGAACAAGACACGCAGAAAGCUGCUUUAUGAAAGGAGGAAGCGGGUAUUGAAAAAGGAGAAAGAGCGAGAGCGAUGGACGGCAAUUGAUUUCGAAUACAUGACAGAGGAAAGUGAUGGAGAGGAGCAAGUCAGGCAGCAUAAACUUCCCUGGAGAUCGGAAGGUAGUGCUAAAUCGUCUUGUGAAAAAUCUAGAUGCAAGGAUAGAGAAGAACGAGAAGGCUGGGGGUUUUAAAUCAAAAGAUAAACUUCUAUCAUGUUUGUCUCUGCUGGAGCCACCGCCAGAUGCUCCUGAUUGGGCUGUCCAGCAGUCUUAGACUUGCCAUUACCUGCGUGUGUUUGAAGUGAACAGUAUUA